CGGGCAUGCCACCAGCAGGAACGACGCUUACCAGUGCGAGUGCGACGAUGGACGAUGCUUUCUUGGGCCGCGAUGACGCCUUGACGUCUCUCUUGCUCGAUGAUGCGUUCGCCUCGACCGCCGACGCGUUCGCCGACGAUAUGUUCCUUUCCGAGUGCUUCUUUCCACCCGCCAAUGAACACAAUGACGCGUCGCCCAAGACGACGCGUCGACAGGUGCGUGACCGCCGGCACCGCGCCAAGAUAAAGUCGGAGCUCGACACGCUCCGGGAGACCGCCGCGUCGCUCACGCAGCGCCUCGAGGCGCUCCAGACGACGCAGCUGCACCAAGACGAAGCAUCGUCCGCGUGGCAGCAGCGCGCGCGCCGGCAAGCGACGCAGCUCCAGCGCUCGAUUUUGGAAAACCACAAGUUGCGCCAAGCCGUGACCGGCCAGCUCUCGAUGGCCCACGCCUUUCAACGCAUCGUUGCCAAGCGCCCGCGCCACCCGGAGCUGCAAGGCGACAGGACACUGCCGUUCUACAGCCUUAUGCACGCGCCGUGUCGACGGACGAGCUUGCGCGCGCUCGUGACACGGGAAGUGUCGUCGCUCAACACGACGCUGCUGCGCUUUGGCCUCCUCGAUGGCCCGAUGCGCUGCGAGGUCGUGCGGCGCGAUAGCAUCUCGGGCGCCGUCGAGAUUGUCUACAGCCGACCGGUGGCCCUCUCCGCCUCGGCGGCGGUCACGGCGCUCUGGCAGCGCUUGUGUGGCAAGGUGGCAGGCUGCCGCGACUACACGAGUCUGGAAGAAUUCGAAGACGAUCUCGGCUACGCGAAAUACGCAACAUCAGUUUUUGAGAGCCGCCUCGCGCUGCUACGCACUGCACUCGACGGGCAUAGCGUGCUGGUCUGGCGCUCGAUCCUCGAAGACGACCGUUUUCCCCUCGGCGACGACACGAUUCAUGACAACUCGAGCGGCUGGCUGCGGAUCGAGAGCGUGACGGCCGCGACGUGUCAUGUGACAAUGGCCGUGCACUCGCUCGCCCCGCCGGACGCGAGUGCUUCGCCGCAUGUGCACCUCGCCCACACGAUCGAGACGUACCAAGUGCGUCGCGUCGACGGCCUCUUUGACGCGCUGCAGGUGCCGACCGAGCUGCUGUAG